GGGCCGCGCCUGCGCAGAGGGUGGGGGGCCUGGGGGUAGCUAUGGCGGCGACGGUCAUGGCAGUGGCCAGGCGGGCAGCGCUCGGUGCGGGGCUGCGCGGAGCCCGGCGCUGCCAGACGCUGUGGGUGCUGCGGCGGGGCUGCGCGGGGCUGGCGGUGGACGACACAGUGAACGGGCUGAGCGCGGAGCAGCGGCAGCUUAGACAGACCAUGACAAAGUUCUGUCAAGAACAUUUGGCUCCAAAGGCCCAACAGAUUGACCAGGACAAUGAAUUCAAGGAGAUGCGGGAGUUUUGGAAGAAGCUUGGGGAACUGGGAGUUCUGGGGAUCACAGCUCCUGCGGAAUAUGGUGGAUCUGCUUUGGGUUAUCUGGACCACGUGCUGGUGAUGGAGGAAAUUUCUCGUGCAUCAGCAGCUGUGGGACUCAGUUAUGGUGCCCACUCCAACCUCUGCAUCAACCAGCUCGUGCGUAACGGGAACGAGGCCCAGAAGCACAAGUACUUGCCCAAGCUCAUCAGUGGGGAGCACAUUGGAGCCUUGGCAAUGAGUGAACCCAAUUCUGGAUCAGAUGUUGUGUCCAUGAAGAUGAGAGCAGAUAAGAAAGGAGACUACUUUGUUCUGAAUGGCAACAAAUUUUGGAUCACCAAUGGGCCAGAUGCAGAUGUGCUGAUUGUUUAUGCCAAAACUGAUGUCAAUGCUGUGCCAGCCUCCCACGGUAUAACGGCGUUCAUCGUGGAGAGGGGAAUGCCAGGUUUCAGCACAGCCCAGAAGCUGGACAAGCUGGGAAUGAGGGGGUCUAACACCUGUGAAUUGAUCUUUGAAGACUGCAAGAUCCCAGCUGAAAACGUCUUGGGAACACUGAGCAAAGGAGUCUACGUUCUGAUGAGUGGGUUGGACCUGGAGAGACUUGUGCUGUCUGGUGGGCCCCUGGGGCUCAUGCAAGCUGUUCUGGACCAUGCAAUUCCCUACCUGCACGUGAGAGAAGCAUUUGGGCAGAAAAUUGGCCACUUCCAGCUGAUGCAGGGCAAGAUGGCUGACAUGUACACGCGGCUGAUGGCCUGCCGGCAGUACGUCUACAACGUGGCCAAGGCCUGCGACCAGGGGCACUUCAACGCCAAGGACUGUGCUGCAGUGAUCCUCUACUCGGCAGAGUGUGCAACCCAGGUGGCUCUGGAUGGAAUCCAGUGUCUGGGUGGGAACGGCUACAUCAACGAGUACCCGAUGGGGCGGUUCCUGCGCGAUGCCAAGCUGUACGAGAUCGGGGCGGGCACCAGCGAGGUGCGCAGGCUCGUCAUCGGCAGGGCCUUCAACGCCACCUUUAAGUAGCAGCCGCCCUGGCGGAGCAGCCCCCGACCACCGCGAGGCCUUGGAGCACAGAGGCUGCAACGCACAACUCCUCCUUCCUGCCUGUGGUUUGUCACUUGUGGACUCUCUUCUGCCUGCUCCGUGAACUGGGCUGUGAUGAGGUGAAUCGGGUGGUGGCAUGGAAGGAAAAGUUUCUUUGUUUUGCUUUUUUUCCUCUCCUUGUGAUCAUCCUGAUUGAUCUUGCUCACAAGCCAUGCUGCUUGUCAGCCUUGCAGGGCUGAGGUUCAGCCAGGGGACAUCUCGCCGUGGAAGCAGGCUGGUCAGCAGUGUGCCUAAACCAGGAGGCAGCCAUUGCUGAGCACCAAAAGUCAACCAAAACAAUGAAUAGAAGGACAAGAAGGGAACAAUUUUGUUCUUUUCAAACAAGCCUGAGUGCCAUUGUCUUAGAAGAGACCGUUGAGAUUGAAUCCAACCAUUAACCAAACACUACCCAGUCCACUGUUAACCCGUGUCCCUCAGCACCACCUCUCCACGGCUUUUCACAGUAUCAUCAGGGUUGGAAGAGACCUCACAGAUCAUCAAGUCCAACCCUUUACCACAGAGCUCAAGGCUAGACCAUGGCACCAAGUGCCACGUCCAACCUUGCCUUGAACAGCUCCAGGGACAGCGACUCCACCACCUCCCCGGGCAGCCCAUUCCAGUGUCCAAUGACUCUCUCAGUGAAGAACUUUCUCCUCACCUCCAGCCUAAAUUUCCCCUGGCACAGCCUGAGGUUGUGAGGCUGAGGCUGUGUCCUCUCGUUUCAAUCCCUUUAAGGAUGGGAAUUCUACCACUGCCCUGAGCAGCCUGUCCCAAGCCUUGAUGACUCUCAAGGGGUCCAGUCUAAACCUCCCCUUGAGGACAUUUCCUCUUGUUUUGUUACUUGUUCCAUGGGAGAAGAGACUGACCCCCACCUGGUUCUGGCCUUCUUUCAGGGAGCUGUAGAGAGACAGAAGGUCUCCCUCAGCCUCCUCCUGUUCAGACUGAACAGCCCCAGGUCCUUCAGCCACUCCUCAGGCAUUCACCAGGUCCUUCACCAGCUUCAUUGCCCUUCCCUGCAGCCACUCCAGACCCUCAGUGUACUUUUUGGAGCAAGGGGCCCAAAACUGACCCCAGUGUUGAAGGUGUGGCCUCACUGGUGCCUGGCACACGUGAAAUGGCAUUUAGCAGUUUACCACUGGAAGGUGAAAUUUCCUGUUGUGACCUUCUGGUGAGAUUAAUCACUUCCAUUUUGGGAACUUGAUACCAAGCACAUCCUGAUGCUUGGGUGGCUGUCACUCUGGCAUCGUCACAGGACAAGCACCUGUCCUGUAGCACUGGAGAGGUCUGAUCUGUACUGCACACCAUAAAUCAUGCCUUGGCUUUCUGGGCUGAUCAGAAUCUUGAAGCUAAGGGUGAAAUGAGUCAACGUUUCAUGGGACAGGCUGAAGUGGGAGGGUCAUAAAUCUUGAGCAGAGUUGUGCCAAAUCUUCCCCCACACACACACAGCAGCACUGCCUGGGAAGGACUUCCCUGUGCUGAGCAGGUCUCAGUGGGAUGUAGGAAGCACAGCUUUCAUUUUUUGAGUCAUGCCCUGUAACAAGGGAAGCCUGAAUCAAAGAAUCAGGAUUGGAAGAGAUCAUGGAGACCAGAUUUUCCUUUUCUAACUUUAUUUUGCAUGCUGGAAAGCUGGGACUACCAGAAAAAAUAUAGUAGUUACAGCAUCUGAGGGGAGUGUGUUAGGGAAGGAAAAAUGGGCUGAGGUCCUGGCUUCCACUUCAUCAGCCAGUUCCCAGAGGUUUGAUACCCGAGAUCCCUUCUUGGCAGCUUGACCUGGGCUACAACAGAGGGGUUUAAAAUUGCAAUUAGCCACAACUGCUUUGUGCCAGAGGCUGUGGAUUUGGGGAUUGUGUUUCUGGGGAUUUAGUGGUUUGGGUUUUCUUUUCCCACCCAUGUGCAGCAUCUUCUCUGUCUCCAUCUCAACGCAUUUUGGCUGCAUAACUGAGCAGGAGGCAGAAGGUGAAGGCAGCCAAGCUGCCCUGAAGUGCUGGUGUGGGGGACUGGAGGUUUCAUCCUUCCACUGGCUUCCCCCAACCCCUUCAGUAGGAAACAACUCUACAGGUGGGAGCAGAGAGGGUUUAGGGAGAAAUGAUGGUGAUGCUUUGCCAGAGAAGAGUUGGACCAGCUGAACCUUGAGGUCUGUUCCAGCCUGGUGUUCAAUGAUUCUAUUCUAAGAAGAGCUGUGGAGAGCCCUAGGGAAGGUAAAGGUUCUAAUCUGUACAUGACACUAAUAAAAUGACCUUUUGCUGGGUGGCCUCUGCUCCUGGGAAGGGUCUCCAACACAGGAUGGGUGCAGACCUUGGCUGAGACCCACCACAGGGCAUCCAGGCUGGCAGCAGCAAUGGGCACACUGAUGCUU